AUGAUCCGGGCCCUCGUCGCCGCUACGCGCCAGCUGUCCUUGGGCGCCGACUGCAACAGCUGGUUCGCCGCCACGUGCGCGGCCCAGGUGCUCUUGAGCCCAACGCUGCUGCCGGCCCUCGUGGCGCACGCCGCCGCUCACAGCGCCGAAGCGUCGAGCCCCUCGCCGCUGCGGCCUUGGUGCGAGCUCACGCGCGACGCGCCCAGCAUCCUGCGCCGCUGCAGCGCCGUGCUUGCCGACCACGCGCGGCGGCGGCGGCGGCGCUGGGAGCUGCGUGGCGACGGCGGCGGCGGCGGUGUGGGUGGCGAUGCUGACGGGGCAGGGACAGCAUGCCAGCCCCUGAGCAAGGAGGAGCAGGCUGAGGCGGAAACGGCGACCGCGGCGCACUCGUUAUGCCGCUGCGUGCUUGCCGUGCUUGCCCGGGUCCUGAUUGUGCAGCUCCCCGGCUCGGGGCGCCACGCUGUCUGGCCGCUGGCAUUCGGGGACGGCGGCGAGGGUGAGGAGGACAGCGGCGGCGGCGGCAGCGGCGGCGGGGCCGUGGCGGCGGCGCGGCCGCCUGGGCCUUGGGACUGGGACGACCUGUGGGCGGCAGUGGCUGCGGUGGGCGGCUGCGGCGAGCUGAAAUCGCUCGCGCUGCUGGCGCUGGCGGUGGUUGAGGCGCGGCGCUGCAUCGCCCGCGCCGACACGGACGCCGGCGACGCUGCGCGCGCGCGGCUGCUGCUUGACCAGCUGUGGGGGAUUAUGCAGGAGGAAGCUGCUCGGGUGGCAGCUGCGCAGUACCCGGACUUGCGGACGGCGAGUGAGAAAGCCACAGAGCGGGGGGCGCGGCUGGCGGCGGCGCGCGACGUGGUCCGCAGCACUAGCAAGGCGCGCAAGGCUGCGGUGCGGCGGGAGAUUGCGGAGAUGUCCCAAGCACUGCCGUCGCAGUCACGGCAGAUGCUGCAUCGGCGGGAGCAGCAGCAGCAUCAGCAGCAGCAGCUGGAGCAGCUGGAGCAGCGGCUCACCAAGGUGCUGCUGCAGCAACGGCAGCAGCAUGUGGAUGUGUGGAACGCCCUGAUCCAGGAAGUGGAUCGUGCUAAGGAGGAAGAGGACGAGGACGAGGAGGAGGAAGAGGAGGAGGAGCAGCAGCAGCAGGAGGAGGAGGCGGAGGAGGAGGGUGGAGUGGAUGCGGUUUGCGGUCGUGGCAACGAGCAGGGAGAGUGCGACCGAUGGGCGCGGCUGUUCGCCGCCAGCCCCGCCCUCAUUGCCGCGCUACGACCCAGGAUUGUGUUCACUUGCAGCGCCUGCUUCGGCGAAGGCCCGCCUUCGGGGCCCGGCGGCGCCUGGGUGGACCCAGCCAUGAACGCCCGCCUGACUGCGAUGGCGCGCACCCCUGGGGUCGCAUCGCCAGGCGGAGGGCUCGCCUGCUGGCUCGCGGCGGCGGCGGACGCGAUCGAGGCGGUCCAUGCGGACUGUGAGGCGGCCCUGGCAGAGUUUGCUAGCCCCUUCAAGCGCCGCAGGGCCGCCCUCCUCAAUAAGGCCGGCGCUGCCGACGGCUUCCAGAGCCCGCCCCCUGCCGCCCGCAAGCUGGGGCGCUUCUUCACGCCUCAGGGCAAGGCCGCCCCCGCCCCCGCGUGCCCCGCGGCGCCGGCGACGCCCGGCGCAGACCUCCGCGCGCGCGCCGCCACCGAGAGCCGCGGGCGCGACACGUUCUGCCCGGACGGGCCCGCGGGCGAGGAGGGGCUGCUGUCGCCGGAGCCAGACCCGCUGCCCCCGCAGCUGGCGCUGCUGCGGGACCUGCUGGGCGCGCUGUACGCGACCCUCCCGCUCGUCAAGGCGCGCGGCCAGCUGACCACCCUGCCCAACCUGCGCGGCCCGGUCCAGAACCUCAGCGGCCGUGCCCUCAGGCCGGCGCACCUGCAGCAGAUCAAGGCGCUCUACCCUGACGCGUUCAACUGGCAGCACGUGAUGGUCGCGGCGGGGCGGUCGGGGCGGCAAGAAGAGCAACUGCUGCUGGGGCUGAUCUCGAUGGAGCGCCUGCAGCAGCAGCAGCAUAAGCAGCAGCAGGAGCAGGAGGAGGAGGCCGAGCGGCGGGGGCAGCAGCAAGGGCGCGGCGGCUCGACGCCGUCGCGCCGCGCGGCGGCGGUCACGCCGAAGAAGCAAGGCGCAGGCGGUGGCAUGGCGACGCCGGGCAGGCGCGAGGCUGUCGGUUGCUCCGCGAGCGUGCACGGCACGAUGCAGCAGCAGCGGGAGUUCCUGCGGCUGUUGCGCGCCCGCGUGGCAUCCGGCAAGGUGGAGGCGGCGGAGGACCUGCCCCUGGCGCCGCUGCCGGGCCCCGCGCCGCCCAGCGCGCGCGACGGCACGCCCAGCCGCCGCCAGGGCAGCGGCGCGCUCGCCGCCGCAGACGCGCUGCCGCGCACGCCGCAGACGGGCGCGAGCGGGCGCGCGGCGAUGAGCCCCCUCGGCGCGGCGACGCCCGGCACUGAUGGUGGGUCGCAGCGGGCACAGUGA